CAACAAAUGAUGAAAUCACGCCCGAGGCAGCUGCCUUUUCUGCAGUCAUGAAAGGGGGAAAUGUGUCCAGAACGAUCUGUGGGUUUGAGCAUGGGUGGCCUAGGGGGUUUCGCAGAACUGAAAAUAAUGAUAAACGUCAUCAUAUGAAAGGUAGAAAAUCAGCUGUUGAAAAUAUAAGGAGACAGCAUACAUAUGCAUAAAAACAAACUAUGAAAGUUUUGGAAUUCUAUUUAGUCAACUAUGAAGAAAGCUUUGGAAAUACUACUUAGUCAACUUUGAAAGCUUUAGAAUACUAUUUCGUCAACUUCAAAAGCUUUGAAAAUACUAUUUAGUCAUUGAUGAAAGAUUUGAAAAUACUAUGAACACUGCACAUCGUAUGAAUGCAAUUUAUUGCAGAAAAUUUCAGACAUGCUCAUGAAAUGUUACAUUUGGAAUUAAUCUUUUAGACAAACAAUGUGGCCAAUUGUAAAACGAACCCUUUUUCAAGCUGCUUAUUUGCCAUCAAUAUGUGUAUGCCAUGGUGAGAGACAUUUCUCAGCUUUACUGAGUAAACGUACACUUGAACAGCUAAGAUGUAGAUCAAAUGCUCUUGGUCAAUCACUGGUGCUUCAAAUGCAUUCUCAUGUAGAGUCUAGCAAAAUUGAGGAAGAAGGCAAAACUAACCGCAUUGCUACUUUGACGGAUACAAUCAUUACAAAAGCUGCUUCAAAAGAUAUAAUGGUCAAAAGUUUAUCCAAAUCUCAGAUUUACAUGGCCAUCAAAGAACUCCAUUUAUUUGGAAUACCGGAAGAGAGUUUGUUGUCCUUUUGUGCUCAUAUAAAUGUGCUGAAAAAUCUGCCAGAUGUAAAGAAAAUCUUUGACCUACUGAAUAGUUUUGGUGUUGCGAAAUCUGAAAUAUCGUCAAUGUGUGUGAAUUUUCCGAGGCUCUUGGAAAUGUCUCAUUCACAUGUUGCACGCCAACUGGAAUGUCUGCAAUCCUUAGGUUUUAAGGCUGAUGGAAUCGGAGAAAUUUUAAAGAAUCAGCCUCAGGCACUUGAAAAAGAUCUUGGAACCUGCUUUGUAAGAAUUGACGAAUUGAAACAGUUAUUCAAGAAAGAUGACGUGUACACACUUCUCGAAAAAUCUCCACAGUUGAUGUUCUUCGAUUUUGAACAUAUCCAAGACAGAUUCAAUUACGUGUACCGUGAAAUGAGUAUCACACAACGGCAAAUGACAUACUCGAAGUUGUUCGACCAUCCAAUGGAUCACAUUCAUGCAAGGCACAUGUUUGUUGUCCGUUCUGGAUUUUUUCAAAAGAUCAAGCACAAAAAAGGCCAAAUUAAUAACAACCCUAGACUUGACUCUCUUUUAGACACAUCUGACGUCGCUUUUGCCAAAAAGUUUGGAGGGAUGACAGAGCUUGACUAUCAGACUUUUAAGAAGCUGUUGCUCAGAGAGAAUUUCAUUUUGAAAGAGUUGGAGAAUGAUCUUGAUGAAGAUGUCGAGGAUUAAUAUCUGUAUACUAUAACGUCAUCAUAUUGCAAGAACUGAGGUGAACCAGUGCAUAUCGAAUCGAAGCAGUUAUUAAAGCUCCACUCUAACAAAUUGACAAUUUUUACAUUGUUUUUGUCGCAGAAUCAGCUGAAUUCAUACUUUUCUUUGAGCCAUAAAACAUCAAAUCUUGAACGUUAAAAUGUAAGCCUUCGAUCUAAUCUUUUGUCUGCAAUCUUGUUUCACUGGUUGCAAGACAUUGACGCAAAAAUAGCUCAUUCCAAGAAAAAGAAAAUAGUUGUCAAAACGGUCAAUUUGUUAGAGUUCAGCUUUAAGAUCUUGCAUUACAGUUGUGAUUCAUUGAUUUAUGUAUACAUGUUUAUAUACAAGUAUUAAUACAGUCAUUAAAAGAUGAUUACUCUUCUA